AUGGAGAAGACACUCCAAUUAGAACAGUAUGACCCAUCUCCGAACGACCAAGACAAUUUCAAUUCUCCCAAAUCCCCCAAAUCCCCCAAAUCUCCACACUCGUCAUUUGCCACAACUUCGCCGCUUGCUCGAAGAUUUUCAACUUCAUCGACCAGGAGUUUUGACAACAACGGAUAUCACAAUGGAUCUCCAUCUACUCAAAGAGCAUCAUCGAGUAUGGCGCUAUAUGGUCAGAAUUAUCGACACGGUCAUAUGAGAAGGAUUUCGAUAAAUUCGUCAAUAUCGAAUUUCAGUACAAUGUCAGAGACUUCGUUACCUUGGACUACAAAGGACAUUGGUUUUAAUGCGAUUUCGGGUGUUCUCAAUAAUCCCAAUACGAAAUCAUCGAGCACCAUGAAACCAACCAAGAGCGACAUUCCACCCGUUCCCCAAACGGCAAUACGUAAAGUCAAGCCAUCCGAUUUUAAUAAUUACCUGAAAAAUAUUACUCCGGUUUUUGAAAAAUAUCGACUCAACAAGGAAAUGGGCACAGAGAACAAUCGCGAAUUGGUCUAUACGUCGGGCGAUUCUCCUGCAGCAUCUGCUACUAAUUUACUUGCUACAAACUUGCAGAAUCUGAGCAAAACAGAAUUGGACGAAAUUCCAGCUCAUAGACUAGAGAGCUCAAGAAAUCCAUAUUCUGUUCCUAUUCUACUCCCAUCACCCACAGAAGAUGAUGUUGGAAAGCCAGAGAUAGAAUUGCCAUUGCUCGAGACGGUGCCAUCAAUAUUUUUCGAUGCCGAUUUCUCUCUUGAAGAUCCAAGAACCUUUGAUGCUGUCUGUGAGCAUGCUGAUAUUAUUGGCGGAAAUCUGGCUAGCCCAGGUAUCUCGCCAAACGCUAUACUGCAAGAGAAAUUAUCGCACUAUCUGGACACUGUUGAAGUACAUUUGAUAAAUGAAAUAUCUCGACGAUCGUCUUCAUUUUUUGCUGCUCUUUCUAACCUCCAAGCACUUCAUUCCGAGACUCUUGAUUGCAUUUCUCAGAUUAAUGUGCUCCGACAAAAAUUAUCGCGUAUUGACGAAUCACAAGCAAAGCAAGGACUGGAGGUAGUAAGACUAAAACGUAGACGAGCAAACGUGGGUCGAUUGCAUGAGGGCAUUCGUAUGGUUGCUCAACUACGAUCCACUCAGCCGACUAUACAAGACCUUUUACGUCAAGGCGACUACUUUUCUGCACUUGACCUAAUUGAUGAGGCCAACAAUUUCCUUCAAGGAGGGGAUAUAUCACAAACGGAGGAUUAUCCUAAAGGCGAUGAGCCGACUACAACACGGGUCAUGUCGAGAAGAUUAAGUGAAGUUGCAGAGAAUCUAAAGCGUGCUGGGCCGAUUGAUUUGCGUGGUGUUAGAGCAUUAGUGCAUUUCAGUGCACAGUUGCAUGAACUGUAUAGAAGUAUUGGGGUUAUGAUGGAGAAUGAUUUAUUGAAUAUUAUAUUCUUGGACUUUGAGGAACACUUGAAUAUUGUAAAUACGGAACAAGUUAUAAACAAGUUGUAUAAAUUUAACUUGGCUCAGCAGUCUCAAAUUAGGAAAACUAUUUCUAUCAUGAGUAGUGAUGGAACGUCAUUACACAAGGAGGAGAAACUAAAGGAGAGGUUAGCACCAUUAAUUUUGGGACUGUACAGAACAAAUAGAUUUGCUAAUGCCUUGCAAGCGUAUCGAGAAAGGAUUUUUAAGGAAAUUGAAAAAGUUAUUCAAAAGCGAUAUCCAAAAGUAAUGGAGGAACAGCUGGGAGAAAUUAGGGGUGAAUCAAACACAUCAACGUCGCAUAGCGCCAUGUUAGCCAAGCAUUUAAAAGGAAUGACGUAUGACGCGUUUCUUGCCGUGCUGCUCGACUUGUAUGCCGUCUUGUUAGAAGCCAUGCAACGCGUAGCUGUUUACAACGAACUUUUUGCUAGUGUUCUCAAAGAAGUGCGAUCUGCCGAUGCCGAUCCUCAUUUCGACACCAGUGAGCCUAAUGACAAUACAGUCUCUUCUGGAGCUACUCAUUCGGACGAAGAAAAUCAACAAGUUUCUCACAACGAAACAAAUGGUGUCGGUCACAAGAAUGAUGAAGAAAAAGCAGAUCAACCUAUACCAAACCUACGUAUUCUAACAGCACAAUCAAUAAGUGGUCUAAAAUCGUUCAUUCGACGGGCAUCAUCUUCUACAUCGAAACAAGUCUCGGCAGCUUCCGAACCAUCUCAGAGUACCGUAGAUGCUGCAAGUCCUUCACCCCAAUUCGAUUCAUCUAACACUUAUGGACAAUUGUUGACAGAGUCUUCGGAAAUAGUAGUAUCGUCUGCCGACUUGGCCUACGAUAGAUGUGCAAAGUUGAUUGCUAUGCGUGCUGAACAGAAUGCGCAGUUGAAUCCAAAAGAUUUUUAUCGUCUGUUUAAUGUUACAUGGGCUUUUGUAUUACAGGGAGAGAGUCUUUGCGGCAGGACUAGUGUUCGACUUCGACCAACUAUUAUGUCUCAGGCAAUUAUCGCAAAGUCAUUUCUCAACCACUUUCAGAUGGAAAAAGUCAGACAACUAGUAACAGUAAUCGAAAACGAACAAUGGAUACCUGCUGAAGUCCCAAUUGACUUUCAAAACAUAGUUAAUUUAAUUAUCCGUGCUUCCAGUGAAGGUCUGGACGAAUUUCGAGACAACUUUUCUGGCGAUCCAUAUGAGCAAAGUCCUCUAUCACCAACAUAUCCAGCACCUCGCAACGUUAUACGUGACGGUACUGGUCCGAAUGACGCAGCUCCAGAGGCUAAUUAUGCGAGCAAGAAGUCUUUGUCAGUAGAGAAUAACAAAUUUUUUGUGGUUGGAAGCACAUUAGUGUUACUAAAAACAUUGGGUGAUAGUUUGAGGUGUAUGGUGAAUAUUCCCAAUUUGACUCAGGAAGUCAUGAACAAGAUUGUAGAGAUACUGAACACUUUCAAUUCAAGAACAUGUCAAGUAAUUUUGGGAGGAGGAGCACGUUACUCUGCAGGAUUGAAGAACAUUACGGCUAAACACCUUGCUUUGGCUUCGCAGUCACUUGACGCGUUGACAUCGUUGAUUCCUUACAUGAGAGAAUGCAUACGGCAUAAUCUUGACGCAAAGCAGAUUGUAAUGUUGACUGAAUUUGAUCGGAUAAAAAAGGAUUACACUAAUCACAAAAAUGAAAUUCAUGCCAAGUUGGUGUCUAUAAUGGAUGAAAGACUUGAAGCACACAUCAAAAAGUUCCAGGCCGUGCAAUGGGAUGAUCCUAAUGGAAGCAACGACGUGCACCAAUACAUGGAAGUUCUGGUAAAAGAGACCACGACGCUGCAUAGAGUAUUAAAUAGAUAUCUCCGCCCUGACACUCUCCAGAGCGUAAUGUCUGAAGUAUUUAAAUUAUUUAAUACGAAGCUGGCACAAGAAAUAGAUAAAUUAAGUAUUUUCACCGAGACGGGAAAAUCACGCUUGCUUAAAGACGUAAGGUAUUAUAUUGAGAAGUUAUCGAACUUAGAUCGGAUAGAGGGUCCUCAAAAUGGACUAGAAGCAGUGGCACUCAGCCUACAAUUACAAGACCCUCUGUCAGCAAACACUCUAUAA